AUGGAGACAAGACAGUCUGUUAGGAAAAGGCGAAACAGCUCCGUUUCCAACUCGAGGAGCUCAUCGCCUGUGUCGCACCGGACAAGACAGAGUAUACCUGGAUACUCUGAGCAGACUGCUGCAUCUCCUGCACCCAAGUGCGCAAUCAGCACGCCAAAGAAAUCGAGGAAACGAGUGCGAUUCUCGGAUCCAGGUCCUCGACUACUCGAUCAUGAUGUUUGCUCGACUGGCUUAACACCCGCCAUGCAGCGAACUGCAAUAGUUGCCGGGUUCCCCGGAUCUGGGGACCGUACGCCCAGCCGGAAAGCCCGGCGUCGCUCGGCACCUACACCUCGCUUUCGCCGAUUAUUUGAUCCGGUGGAGCCUUUUGAUGAGACAUCAUCGGAGCGUGUGCGGAGGAUCAAACGGAUAGGUCUGAGCGAUGAGCUCAAUCACAUUCAGCGUGAGAAGCGCGACGUUGCGACUUUCGAGAAGACUUUAGCGACCUUGCUUCGGGAGCGAGAUGCCCUGCAGCAAGAGUUGACUUGCAUGAAGCAGUCUCGAGAAAUUCCGGAAGACCAAUUGCCGUCUUAUGAGUCUUUCUGGAUGUCUUCUCAGGUUCAAGCUCGAGAAGCCGAAGAACAGACAACCUUGCUAUGUGAUGAAGUAUCCGUAGCCUCGCAUCCGAAUUUGGAAGGGCGCGGACCGUCUCUUGAACAUGACGGUGAUACUUUUAUGCUGAAUGAUAGUGCCAUCAUCGCUUCCAAUUCGCCUGUCUUCCGAGGUCGACGGAGCAUCCACUCACGUAGUCCAGAAAGGCUAGGCCUUUUCGACGGCUCGGACUAUGAUGCUGCAGCUCAGACACCAGUCGAUGAUGGUCCAGAGGAUACUGAUAUGCGAACCUUAAACCUUGAUCUCGAGACCGCCAGGAACGAGAAGAGAGAUUUAUUCGACGCAUGCCGCUCACAAAUGUCCGCCCUCGAGAAUUCCGAAUUGGCCGAUAUUCUCCGCAAGCCAUCUCCGCCUCCUGACUUCUUCGAGAACAUCCUGGCCACUCUGACCGCUGCUUUAUCUCGCGCCUCAGAUGCUACCAAGACUCUUGAAGGUAUUAGCCAGGAAUGCACAAACUUAGGCUUCUCUGGAACCAACACGAUUGAAGUAAUUUCGGAUAUCAGAAGCCACUUCCGCUCAGCACGCCUUGAACUUGAGCGUGCCGUUCCAGGAGAAACAGCCGAUGCAGCACUCGGGGAUGGGAAAGCCACAUUGCGCGCCUUGGUAAAACGAGUCAAAUCGCUGGCUAAAGAGCUUCAAUCGGAACGCAAAUACCACCAUGGCUCAUUGAGUCGUGAAAAGGCCCUUCGCGGACAAUUCGACAACUUAUUACACCGAUACGAAGCAGCUGCCGACAAAAUUGGCAGCCUCGAGGACUCAAUCGCUUCCUCUGCAGGUGACAUGCUCCACACCAGAAUGCGGAUGCAGGACCUCGAGAGCGAAGACCAGGAAAAGACCGUUGGGAUUGACAGAUUAAACACGGCACUGGAUAAGUACCACGAAGAUGUGAAGGGCCUCGAAGAUUUGGUCAACAAGAUGGAGGAUGAAAACGUCGCGAUAAAGUCGAAGUACCGCGCACAGAUAUCGUCUCUCCGUGAACAAGUUGCUCACGAGCGCAAGCAACGAUCCAUCGCUGAGCGCUGUACCUACGAGCACGAAUCUCGCAUCCGUCAACUCGAGGAGACUGUUCAGCGGAACCAAACCCGUGCAUCAGACCUGACAGCCCAGAUCAAUGCACUUGAGAAAGCGCACCAAACCGCUCUUCAAGAAAAGACACAAGACCAGCAGCAACAUGCACAAGAAACAGGCACAUUGAAUGUGCGAAUUUCAGAGCUCGCAACAUCCCUUGAUGCCAUUCGGACGGAGGCUCAACGUCUCCGCCAGGUCAAUAGUGGUCUCGAGGAGCAGUUGCAAAUCGAGCUUGAGGCCCGUGAUGGACUUUUGGAUCAAUGGGCUGCUGAGCAGGCACGCUCAUUUGCUCAUAUGAAAGAGACUGUCAGCUCUGAGCGCCGCAGAGCUAAGGUUCGUGCGGCUAACUGGGAGCUUAAGUCCGAUGAUCUCAUGUCCGAUGGAACCACAAUCGCGGGAAGCGAGCCUAUUACCCCAGUCAGCAUGACGCGCUUUGUUGAUGUGGAGAUGGGGAGGGGGAAGGUCCGAAGGCGCUUGGACAGUGGUGUUGGGAUCCUUACGGGAGAUGAGCUCCUGGGGAGCGAAGACGUCUCGGAUAAUGAAUUGCCGACGUCCAAUGUCUUUGGUUUAUAA